GUGUUACUGUGAGGCAGACUAGAUGGUUAGUCCGUCAGAAGACAUCAUGGGGAAGAAGACAGCGUUGACAAUAUUGCUACUAGGAGCUCUACUCAUCACACACCCUGCGACGGGGAGCACUUCUGAAAAGCAGUCUUCAACAAAGAACAUUCAAUUCCCCAAAUUCCAUGCCCCUUCAACCACUUCUGCCCCUACGACCCCUGCCCCUUCAACCACCUCUGCCCCUACGACCCCUGCCCCCACCAUCAUCAUCCCUGCCAAACCCCGUACGGACCAGUACCUUGGACCAGAAGAAUGUCUGGAUCAGAAAUACACACGUCUGUCCUGCCAUCGGGUCUUCUGUCCCCCAUGGAUGAGAUGUAUGGAGGGAAGGUGUGUGUGUAAGUUGCCCUACCUGUGUCCGAAGGAUGGCAUGGCUCAAGUGUGUGGGCACGAUGGAAGAACCUAUCUAUCUUACUGUCAGGCUAUGGCUGUCUCCUGUCGGAGUAAACUACCUAUCAUGUCCCACUUUGGAGGAGAGGGCUGCUCUAAAGACAGUAUCAAGGUCCAGACCAGUAUAGACGAAGAGACCGGUGUGGUCAGUAUUGUGUUACCCGUUCGAGGGAAGCUGCUGGUGUGUGGAGAGGAAGGAGGAAGAGGAGGGGCCAACUGGAAUAUGGCCGGGGCUAACGUGGCCUGCAAUGGGAAUCAGUGGGGAGCGAAGGAGGCCAGCUCGGUGCUGUAUAAAACCAUACCGUCCCCCGAUGCAGACCACUGCGUCAGCGUUGUUUGUCAAGGCUACGAGAGCAGCCUCGCAGAAUGUUCCUUCUCCGACAGAACACCUCUCGGACGCAACGACAAGGUCGCCACGGCAACCUGUUACCAGAAACCCAAAGAGGGGUCGGCGUGUGAGUUCAGGUGCGUCAACGACAAGUGUGUGUCGUUGGAACAGACGUGUGACGGAGUGGACCAUUGUGGAGACAGGAGUGAUGAGAUGUGCUGCACAGCCUGCAGAGGGAACUCUGCGUUCUUGUGUAAGUCAGGAGUGUGUUUGUCCAAAGAGGCCGUAGACGACGGUAUGAUGGACUGUCUGGGAGGAGAGGACGAGAUGAACAGACACAUCACUACACCUGUUUCAAGAGUUCCAGAGUUCAUUUCUCCUAAACAAGAGGUGAAAGCAACCAGGGAUCUUCUAGAAGUGAAGGUACACUGUGGAAUCCCCAACACUACAGUCUUAGAAGAAUCGGACAGAGGAGAAAGGAGAGUGGGAAGGCAGAAACGAGUGGUGGGAGGAAUACCGGCCCAACCGACUCAGAUCCAAUGGCAGGUGGCGAUACAGGAGGGGAAUAAAAUCGACUGUGGUGGGGCAUACAUCGGGGGAUGCUGGGUCCUGACCGCCGCUCACUGUGUCAGGUAG